AUGGCUAGCGACCGGCAAUUAGCACUGAGCAGGAGUUUAUAUGGGUACCAAUCAUCCUCAGCUGGCAACAAGCCAUCGGCACUCCUAAACUCAAUAUUCAUGUCCACCGUUAACACCGCCGCCAAAACCCUAGUGUCGGUGGCGUCCAAAUCCGGCGGUACUGGCCGCCAGGUGGAGAAAUGGAAGCCGUCGGAUCACCUGAGGUUCAUGGUGAUGAUGACCACUUGGCUCACCGUUUGGGUUCUCCGAGUUCUAAUGGACCACUUGCCUUUUUCUUCUUCUUUUGAUUCUUCUUCUUCUGCUUAUUCGUCUCCUUUUGCUCUGAGUUCGUUUGUGAAUCAACAACAAGGGUUCGGCCUGGGGAUGUUGAACCAGCUGGGAUCCUUUCACGAGCUGUUGGCGUCGUCUUCGUCGUCGGUUUUGUCCACCGCCAUGUCGGUGUUCUCGCCGGCCUCAUCGGCUGCUUCGGCGGCGGCCGGUGGUUGUUUGGAUUCUUCUUCUUCGUUGGAUUUGGUUCUCAGUGACGGAUCUGAUGAUGUGGCUUCUGUUAAAGCUCUCGGAAGAGCUCUUACCAACUUUGAUUGUUUUCAACCAUUAUUGUGUACAGCAAUACUAAUCGGUGAAAUGGGAAGACCAAGCUUGGAGGAUGGAAUCCCAGAUGAAGUGAAGUUCAGGGUAUUAGCAUUAUGGAUUCCUCUAUUCUGCUAUGCUGAAAACGGGUUGUCAUAUCCAGUAUUGAGCGGAUUCGAAAAGGCGGAAAUGGAGAGAAUAAUGAACGAACUGAUCACCAGUUUGCCUUCACUUGAUCAAGAAGUAAUCCUUACCAAUUGGUUGCAAGAUUUCACAAGUACUUCCUCCUCGGAUUGGCCUAAUCUUCAAGUUGCUUAUGACAAGUGGUGCCACUCCACUCGCAAUCUUGUGGGUUGA